GUGGUGGUUCGCACAGUUGUAUGUUAACGCAAUGAUCGUGAACGGGACGUAACAACCAUAGAUCGUGAUGAACUCCGUCGUGGUCGAUCUUCGAGAAGAGACGAUCCUCGGCGUCAUACGCUAUCCGGCGAUCAACAUCAUAACUAUCAACCGGCCCUGACAAGGUCUAUGGAUUUGGAGAUGGGAACGAAAAUGCAACGGAAAAAAUCUCCAGCAUCUAGGGGAGGAUAUCCGCCAGCUACUGGAAUGCUGUUCGACGACGAUCCAGGCAUAAUGUCCGAAGUUGAAACUAGCUCUACUGGGUUCCGAAGAGGUAACAAGCAGAGGAGUUCAUUGCCGGUCGUCAGAACCCCUUCGAAAACUUUAGAGCGACCAUUGGGUCUCGUAUUCUUGCAAUACCGUAGCGAAACAAAAAGAGCAUUGUUACCAAAUGAAAUCACCUCAAUAGAUACAGUCAAGGCGUUAUUUGUCCGGUCUUUUCCAAAACAACUCACCAUGGAAUAUAUGGACUCGGCACUCGUCAAGAUCUACAUUCAUGAUUCGUCAAAAGACAUGUUUUAUGAGCUAGAAGAUCUCAGGUCACAUCUCAACGACAUCCGAGAUAGGUCGGUGUUGCGACUUUUCGAGUCAGCCGAAGGUGGUCCCCUACCACAGGGUCUCACGAUAGCUGCACCUACAUGGGACCAAGAUCAAUCAUACUUUAGCGAGCCGGAAUUCGAUUCAGAAUUUCAACAUCAACAUAUACACAAGACUAAGGGUAGCAAAUGCACCAGCGGCGGCGCCCCCGGACAACCAUACUACAUGACCCAUCAGUUUCCGGCCGGAUCGUCGGCUACGCUACCCAAUAGGGGCCGUCCGCCCACCGGGUCCAUACCGGCCAGAGCUUAUUCGCCAGCCGUGCCGCCCGUAGCGGCCAACAAAUCGUCAGGGUAUAUGUCAUCGCCAGAGAGAGCUAGUUCUAGGACCGGGUACACAGCUGCCCCAUACAUGUCUCCAGGGGGUUCUUCGUUCGACGACAACUCGUAUUAUGGAUAUGGACCAAGAACCGGGUCUAUCACUCCCGUGAUUGACGAAGAGACUAGUGAUAAUGAACUCAUGGAAGACCCGUUUAGCAUGUAUGCCACUAAACCUUCGUCGAUACCCAAAAGACCGACGUACGGAAAUCCGCCGACCGUCCCCUACGACGCCACCAGGAUACGAGUAGAAAACAUGGAGAGACAAAUUGCUAAUCUAACAGGAUUAGUUCAAAAAGCUUUAACGCACGCACCGGUUGUGGCACCACCCUUCAGAAAUGCUAGUGAUGAGUUCGAUAAGGUCUCCGGCGAAAGCACCACGUCUGUAGCAGAGGAACCAUACAAGCGGUCUGACACUAAACCUCCUAAACUCGGACGAGACAAAUCGGUUUCGUUUGAGAAAUCUGUAUCGUUCAGCGACGAGCCACCGGACAUGAACUCACCGAAACAACAUUCGCCGCAGAGUUCAGCGGACACGAAACCUGCGAAACCAGCAAUUAAAUCGUCUACAUUACCUAGAACAGCAUCUCAAGAAAAAGACAGAUUUAAGCCUCAUCCUCCGCCCAAGCCGUCCGCUAUACCAGGACAAUUCGAUGAAAGACACUUGUACAGUGAUCUACAACUGACGCCAGAAAUGUACAAUCAACUCAGAGUUCUGCAAAAAAAAGCAAAAGACUUACGGCAAGAAGCCCGAAACCUAAGAAGAAUGUCUCAAGCACAAGCCCACUCUAUUCGCGAAACCAUCAAAGAUACGUUCAUAAAAAUAAGAACGUUGAUCGCUUCCGGCGCCGACCAGGCGUGGAGCGAAUCCGGAUCGAAGGAAAGGGCACACGUGGACCGGGAAGAGGACAUAUACAGGCAGGAGAUUAUCAGGCUGGAAACGGAUUUGACUGAACUCGAGAGCACUGUGGAAGAACUGCGAGGAAACGUCAUUAACAAGAAGUCCAGAGUAAACAUGUCAGACGUAGAAAACAUGGCACUUGUGCUCAGCAAAUCCAGUAAAACGGUCGCUGAAUUGAAAUUGAGGUUCCCGAGUUUACAAGAAUCAAUUCGUACAGUAUUGACGAAGGAAAUGGACAGAGCGGUUACCGAAGAAAAGUUUCUUAAAGAAGAGCCCGAUCGCCUAGAAAGCGCACUCAAACGGUGUAAAAAAUUAACCGGAACGCUUGUAACACUCAAGAGGCUCGCUUCCGUUCAGGAACAACGUCUGCCCGACGCCAGACUGUCGCCCACCAACGAAGACACUCCGCCGAUCACGCCUACAUCGUCCGCCAAGUUUGGUUGGCGUUGGAGUGCAAACUUCAAGGAUGCGAUUACUAGCCAUGAGUAAAUUUUUUGUUAUUUCAUUGUUUUAUAAAAGUCCAAACAUUUUCGAAUCGUUGUAUUUUUAUGCUUAUGAAUUAAUGUAAUACUUUUUUACUUUCAUCUGCUUGACUCAUUUUCAUAUUCAUCCGAGUUU